AUGUCGUGUGGGACGCAUAAUGUUACAUUUUUCUACCAUAAGUACUCAUGCAGCAAAAUUAAGAAUGCAUGGCAUGUUGAUCUCGCCACCAAACCACAAGGACACAAAUUGCAGUAUACUCUAAAAAGUAAACGAGUCUUGUUGUUGGCUGGCACUGAUUCUUCGGCUGGAACCAUGGAAUGGUGUUUCUCACUUUUGGUAAACCAUCCACAUUUUCUACGAAAGGCGCAAAACGAGAUAGAUAGAAAAGUUGGCAAAGAACGUCUUGUUGAGGAGUCAGAUAUAGUUGACAUACCUUACAUUCGUUGGAUUAUAAAUGAGACAUUACGAUUAUCGCCUACGGCUCCUUUACUAGUUCCUCACGAGUCAUCACAAGACUGUAUUAUUGAGGGUUACAACGUCCAGCGUGGGACCAUGCUGCUUGUUAAUAUAUGGGCCAUACAUCAUGACCCCAAGUUGUGGACUGACCCUGAAAGGUUCAAUCCUGAAAGGUUUGAAGGGCUUGAAGGAGCGGAGAAUGAGUUUAAGUUAAUGCCAUUUGGGGCUGGAAGGAGGGGUUGUCCAGGGGAAGGUUUGGCAGUUCGUAUGAUUGGGCCAACUCUAGGAUUGCUAAUUCAAUGCUUUGAUUGGGAACGAUUAAGUGAUACGAUGGUUGAUAUGACAGAAGGUCCCGGAGUCACCAUGCCCAAGGCCGAACCAUUGCUUGCUAAAUGCCAACCGCGACUAGAGAUGCAAUAUCUACUUGCCCAACUUUAAAUCCUUUUUGUAACCUAUAUUUUAAUUAGC